UAUAUCCUAUAAAAGGUAUCGUGAGCUCUUCGGACAUCACUCAUCAACCAAACCUUCCCAACCAAUCAUGAAGAGAUUUGCCAUAGUUUUCGCGGGCCUGGCUCUAGCCAGUGCAUCGGUUGUCAAUUUCCCGAACAUGAAGCGCGUCGAAGAGUUGGAUAUUUUUUGGAAGCAACUGGAUCCUCAGCUGCAAGCACUGCGACCAUCCGAAAACCAACGCAUCGUCAACGGCCAGGAAGCGCGGCCAAACCAGUUUCCGUAUCAAGCGUUGGUGCUCAGUUUCUUCGAGGAUGGAAAUUCCGGCCUGUGCGGUGGUACCAUACUGACGCCGAACUUCGUGAUGACAGCAGCGCACUGUGUACUGAUUGGAACUUUGGCCACUCACGGAACGGCGGUCUUGGGAGCCCACAAUCGCCAGGUGGCUGAAGCAACUCAACAGCGUUUUAACUUCGAUCAAGUCAACGUGCACCCAAGUUACAUCGCUGCGUUGCUCCGUAACGAUAUCGCUACUGUGAGGCUUUCUGUCCCAGCCGUGUUCAACGAGUUUGUCCAGCCAAUUGACAUUCCGGCCUUGUCGGACACCAGGACUUUUGCCGGAAUGACUGGCAUUAUUUCCGGGUUUGGACGCACCUCGGAUGAAACUGGAUCUCCAGCUAGUGAGGUCGUGAUGUACACGAGUAAUCCCAUUCUGACCAACGCCGACUGUGCGGCUUCGUGGAAUGCGGUUUUGGUUGGAGCACAGAACAUCUGUUUGUCCGGCGCCGGCGGACGUUCCGUGUGCAACGGAGAUUCUGGCGGUCCGUUGGCAAUACACGAGAAUGGACGCAGUCUGCAGGUCGGUAUAUCAUCCAUGGUUCACGUGGACGGAUGUGCGUCUGGUAUGCCUUCUGUAUUUGUGCGGGUAUCGCACUACCUGCAGUGGAUCGCUGAUAACAGCGAUGUGGUGCUGCGAAAUUAGUUCGAAAAACAAUAUCAUUGGCGUCAGUGAAAUAAUGAUUAUCUUGAGCAUAUCAAAUACAUUUUAAGUGCAAAUGAUCACGUGUGUCUUUUA